UGCGCGACAGCCGGCACCAGUUCUUCCGCGUCGUUGGACGAGUAGAGAAUAAUUAAAUCUUUCAAACAGAAGUCAAUCGUUUGUCAAUUAUUUUUGCUUUCGUAUUUUCGGAUCACGACAAUGUAUGCACAAACAAGCCGACAGCUUGAGCAAACAUUGGACGCCGAGAAGAGAGAAGAUGGCUCACUUCUUAGUAGCUCACCCCCAGAUACGCCAAAGCUCAUCCACGGCGGAAAUUAUAUCAAAGAAGGCAGAGAUUCAGCUAAAAGCACUUGCCUGAUUUUUUCCCCUACAGAAGAAGAUGAAAUUGGAUCUUUGGGAAGAUAUCUCCAACUGUUUGCCAAACACAAAGUGAAUCUCUUGCACAUUGAAUCUAGAAACUCUCUUCGACAACCAAACAGCUAUGAAUUUAUGGUGGAAUGUGCACCGGGCGGUAAUAUAGCCUCCGCAAUUGAAUCUUUACGAGCUCAGUGCAAUUAUUUUUCGAUCAUUUCUAGAAAUCACAAAGAUAAUAUAGACACAGUACCGUGGUUUCCGAGGAGAAUACGCGAUCUCGACAAAUUUGCUAAUCAGAUUUUAUCAUACGGUGCUGAGCUCGAUAGCGAUCAUCCUGGUUUCACAGAUCCCGUAUACAGAAAAAGAAGAAAAUAUUUUGCUGACAUUGCUUACAAUUACAAACACGGACAACCGAUUCCAAGGGUAGUGUAUACGCCUGAAGAAAUAGCCACAUGGGGUGUAGUUUUCAAAAACUUGACUAAGCUUUAUCCGAAAUAUGCUUGUAGAGAGCAUAAUCAUGUUUUCCCAUUGCUCAUUGAAAAUUGCGGCUAUCGGGAAGACAAUAUACCCCAACUCGAAGAUAUAUCUAACUUUUUGAAAGAUUCUACCGGCUUUACACUUCGUCCAGUGGCAGGAUUAUUGUCUUCGCGCGAUUUUCUUGCUGGAUUGGCCUUCAGGGUGUUUCACAGUACGCAAUAUAUACGGCACGGCAGUAAACCACUCUAUACGCCGGAACCGGAUGUGUGCCAUGAAAUUUUGGGUCACGUGCCACUUCUUGCUGAUCCAUCCUUUGCACAGUUCUCACAAGUUAUUGGUCUGGCGUCGCUUGGUGCUCCAGAUGAUUACAUAGAGAAACUCGCAACGUGUUUCUGGUUUACGGUCGAAUACGGAUUAUGCCGACAAAAUGGUGAAUUGAAGGCAUACGGUGCCGGACUGUUGUCGUCUUUUGGCGAAUUGGAAUAUUGUUUGAGCGACAAACCAGAACUCCGACCUUUUGACCCGCCAAAGACUGCAUUGCAACAAUAUCCGAUAACGGAAUAUCAGCCCGUAUAUUAUGUUGCUGAGAAUUUCGAAGACGCAAAAGAAAAGAUGAUGAAAUUUGCUCAAACUAUACCGAAAAAAUUCGGGGUCAGAUACGAUGCUUAUACGCAAAGUAUCAGCAUCAUUGACAGUAAACAACAAGUUCAAGAUCUUGUAAAUAACGUGAAUCAAGAAAUUCAAAUUUUGAUGGAUGCUUUGCGAAAAUUGCAACAUUAGAAUUAGUUUUAUAUAAUACGUAUUGUUUUUUAUAAUACAUUAUAUUGAAUAUCAAUUUAUUUGUACCUGUAUCAUUAAGAUAUUAUAGUACUGAUA